CGAUAUAAUUUAUCCCGAACCAUACCGAACCGAAUUUUCGGGUUCGGUAUCGAGACAAUGUAAAAUCCCAUACCGAACCGAUAAAUGUGGUACGGUAUCGCAACAUUGGAGGGGCAAGCUUGUGAGUGGUUCCAUAAGUUGCCCAAGGGAUCGAUCGACAAGUGGAGCGAUCUGGCCCACAAGUUUCGGGAGCACUUCGCAUCCAGCCAGAGGCAGAAGCUCCCGUUCUCGCAUCUGCUUAAUGUGAUAAUCCGGAAAAGGGAGCAACUCCAGGAAUUUAUCAAUAGGUGGGAGAAGGAGGCUAGGGAUGUCCAAGGGGCAGACGACCAAACCCUGAUCGCGAUGCUCCAAGCAGCACUCCCUCAGGGGGAUGUGCGCAAGGAGCUGCGGCGGAAUCCACUCUCCACCUACCAGGAAAUGAGAUGGACCAGUGCCAAAGGACCACCUCCUCGACCAGAGCGACCAGCAGCGGGGAACCGAACGUGGAGGAGGCCAGCGGCCGCAGCCGCAGCGAUCACUGCUGGGGAAGGGCAGGAGGACGGAAGGCGACAUUUGGGAAGAGAUUGUGAAGACCUGGAUGAGGAAGAGAGGCAGAACCGCCAACAUUUGGGAUGUCGGUUCAUUGUGGGUGGAAAUACCGGAGGGGACUCGGUGUCCUCACGGAAGAAGUGGAAGAACAUGGUUCACCUGGCCGAGGUGCAAAGGCCACCACUGCCCAAGCGGAAGAAGAAAGAACCCUUGAUCUUCACGGAUGAAGAUUACCCGCCAGUCCUUAGCCCCCAUUGGGAUGCACUCGUGGUAAAGAUUGAGAUUAAUAACAUGGUCGUCCACCACACGUUGGUCGAUACCGGCAGCUCCGUCAAUAUUUUGUACAACAAUACCUUUAGAGAGAUGGGCUUAUCCCGGGGGGACCUUAAGCCGGUCCACACCCCGCUGUCAGGGUUCACGGGGGAUACUAUUGAAGCGGAGGGAACCAUUACAGUGAAGGCUGGGGUAGGAGAUGGCACCCACCGACUUUGGCUCGACAUGGAAUUAUGGUAGUGCAUCUUGAUUCUGCACACCAUUUAAACCUAGGGCAACCGGGUUUAGAGGACUUGGAGUGCGUAAUCUCCCCCUUCCACCUGUGCGAGCUUAAUCAACAUGGUACCAGAGCAUUCGAAGGCUUGAUUUUAGCCACAAGGGAAGACGGAUGGGGGCUAAAGGCACAGAUCAGAGCAAGAGUCAAAAAUAUAAAUGCAUCUUUUCCGAUUGAAGACCGCAGCGGCGGCGGUUGGCCUAUGCGAGUUGCGACGCUGAUUCUCACACGGUGAUGGUGGCCGACUACUGCUCUUGACAACGGCUAGAGACGGAAUUGAUGAAGAAAGGUAGGACUCUAGG